AUGAGCAUACCGGAGUUCCUUCUGGAAGUGUCCAUUGUGAUAAUAGCUGUUGUCUCUCUGCUGACCAACUUGUCGGUACUGCUAUGUUUCGUUCAGAGCAGCGAUUUAAGAGCCCAUGUGCCAGGAAUCUUUAUGAUAAAUCUCUCUUUAUCUAACAUCCUCCUCAGUAUUAUCAACAUGCCUGCCACUUUUCUGGGGGUGGUCAGUGGCGCAAACCCCUUGGGGGACUUGUUCUGCCACGUCGUCAGCUUUGCUGAGACUUUUAUCACCAGUAAUGCCAUGCUGAGCAUGGCGGCGCUGAGCAUGGACAGGUGGAUAGCGGUGGUAUUUCCUCUGAGAUACUCUAGCAAGAUGCGCUACAGGGACGCUUUUCUGAUCGUGGCCUACUCCUGGCUUCACUCUCUCAUCUUUUCUGUCACUCAGCUGAUGAUGGACUGGGGAGGCUACAGCUACACUUAUGCCUCAUGCACAGUUCACCUGGACUCGGAGCAGGCGUCUCAGCUGGGAAUCUACGCCACCUUCACAGCGCUGUUCCACGGUAGCAGCUUUGCGCUCUGCCUCCUCGUCUUGUGCUUCGCUUACCUGAAAGUUUUGAGAGUGGCUAAGUCACACUGCAAGAGGAUAGAUGUAAUUACAGUGCAGACUCUGCUUCUGUUGGUUGAUAUCCACCCCAGUGUGAAGGAGAGGUGCCUAGCGCAACGGAAGAAGAGAAAGCAGCGCGCCACUAAAAAGAUCUGCAUCUUCAUUGGCUCCUUCAUCCUCUGCUUUUCACCAUAUGUUAUCACCAGGUUGGUGGAAUUGUUGCCCUCUGUGCGCAUCCCUCGUUACUGGGGCAUUGCCACCAAAUGCUUGUUCUACGCCAAGGCUUCCAGUGACCCAUUCGUCUAUUGUCUUCUGCGGCAGCAGUACAGGAAGGUCCUGGUUAGUAUCAUCAGCCGAGUUGUAGGAAAAGAUCACUACUUCCUGUCUGUGACCAGCGCAAGCAGCACAUUUGACACCACAGAUGACAGCUGUCUUGCCAGGAUUACUUGA